CAACUUGUUUUCGUGCACAUCAGUCUGUUGCCGAUCGAACCAUAAAUAUUAGAAUCGAAACCUUAUUGCAAUUGCAUAUACAUAAUUCUCAAUAAUGGAAAAAAUUCGCAAACCAUUCCACUUUCGGUGCAUCCCGAAUCCCGAUCCGAAAGUCUUUAAAAUUAUGAAAUUGUGUCUACUGCUCGCUGCAGGUCGUAUCAUUUACAAUCCAACUACCACCUACGCAUCCAGGUUUGAAAGCAGAUUGCAGUACGAGAACCACUGUGGUGAUUUGGCAAUAGCGUGUGUCGCAAGCUGUCCCGCAUUUCGACACCGGUGCUACGCGUCACAUGUUGCGGACAGCAUUCGAGAAGCUACAGGCGCUACACCACUUCCCAUUGUUCCAAUCAUUACGGGACAUCCCUUGUUGCCCGAGUGUGUGGACGAUAGUAAAAAUCGGCGUUAUUGUAUCCGGGCGAAAGACCACGAGCGUCCGGACGAUUGUUGUCCCGGGAUGAGCUGUGUUCCUUUCAAGCACGUGGAUGGAAGAUCUUCAGUGCUUGGAUACUGCUACUACUUGAACAAGUAGCGCAGGAAUAAAUUAUGUUAUGUAAUUAUGUAAGGGUGUAAAGUCGACUUUAUUUAUAGCACCACACUAAUUUUAUGAUCAAUAUAUGCACAUCAGCUACCAGUAGCGUGCCAGUUGAAACACUCUCUUCCCAUCUCAUCAGCAUAUGGACCGUUGGCAUUUUUAAGAUAACUGCUUACUUGGAUUUCCAGUUAGUGGUUCGACUAAUCCAUCAUCAUCGACGGAGAGGAUUGGACAAUAAAUGUCAAACAUUAGCUUUGAUGGUACGGCGCCUGGAUCAGGGGCGAACAUCGGACUGUGAUGAAAGUAAGAUUUGUGUGCGUUAAUAAAACUGAUCCAUCAUAAUCAUCCCAGGCAUCUGACAGACGCUCGCAGACCUAAAACAAAAGGUAUUGUCCGAAUCUGCCACAUGCAUGAGUGACAUCUUUUCACCCACGAUAUGAUGAGCACAAUGUUGCACGGUGGUUGUCUCCAAUCGCCACCUCGACUUAAUUAAAAUUGCACACAAUUUAUGUAAUCCGUUAACUUGCAAUGUGCAACUAGCUAUGUGUGUUUGGGUGGCAGGUCCAUACUUGUGAACGGGAUGAGAAUAACCGGGCACCGGGCGAAUAAGAUAAUGUGACAAUGACGAGUUCAAUUCCUCUAAUUUGACCAAUGUGCUAAUUCCAAAUUUAAAGUGAUAGUGCAAGUAAUUGAAUGGCGUGUCGUUGAACCAUUAAUUUUAGGACUACUCGAUAUGUAUAUAUAUGUGCAUAAAAGUGGACUGAAUAAGUUGGUUUAUUUGGUGGCGAUAUCGUGAGAAUGCUUUUAGUAAGCUAUACAAGAUUUAGGGAACCAGAUGCAGAGUUUCUCAUGUACCGGACACGACAUGGAGGAAUGGAAUCGAAACGGAGAUUCAUUGGCAGAUUGGCACAUUCAGAGACCAAAACGACCACAAUCCGUGAGCUGGUUUGAUCACUGGAAUAGGAAACUCAGUGGUGAUUGAAGUGAGCACUCGUCGUCGCCAUGUACUCCACCGGAGGGAUGGACCACUACGACAUGGAGACGAUGAACCGACAAUUCUUCGAGUCCUCUCACUUUGAGAUGAUGUCCGACUCCUUCUACAGCAACGGGAGUCACCACGAGAGUUCCUCCACCGACAUGGAUGACGAUUGUGGCGGUCUGUUGGACGAUUCGCCGCGCUCCUCGUCCGCGCUCAGUGACCAGGAAAAUGUUCGUACUCGGAGGAGAAAGCGCAGAUGUCCGGCUCAGCAGGUUCAGCAACGGCAAGCUGCGAACAUGCGAGAGAGAAAAAGGAUGCAGUCCAUCAAUGACUCCUUUGAAGGUCUUCGUGCCCACAUCCCCACGCUCCCGUACGAGAAGAGGCUCUCAAAAGUGGACACGCUCAAACUGGCCAUUGGUUACAUCAAAUUCCUCACAGACAUGGCCCAGGCAGACCACGGGUCGGAGAACAAAGGCCCCGCACCAGAACCUCCGAAAAAGGUCGUAGUUCAAAGUCAUAGAGGCAGUGAUUUCGGACCGGUCGGGGGUCAUUCGCUGUCUUGGUCGAGCGAGAAAGGAGAUCGGUACGGAUCAUCCGUGAUGAUUGCGAAAGUGUGGACUCCAGAAGAUCCGAGAAACGGGCGAUCCACAGGAGUUGGCGUUUUCCCAGAUCCGUAACUAUCCUCCUGAUUAGUUCUAGUCCAUAGAAUACCCCCGAAAAUAAUUUAUCCAUGCUACCAAAUGCACAUCAUCACUUACCAUAUGACCUUAAACCAUUUUGAAAUUUCAGCCUUGUCUUUCGAACCACUCUGUAACGAAAAAUACUGUAAAGAGAUGCAAUUAUUGUCACGUACAUAGAUUUUAAGAGAGUAUGCAAUGUAAUUUUUCACUGUACAUUUCAAACCUAUGUUGAGAAAGGUAUUGUUGUGCUGUCCGUGCUUUAUGUCCUAGUCAAUGGAACCUUAGAUUACUGCAGUAUAUUAGCAAAAUGGCAAAUAAAAAUGCUUCUAUUUGAAUGACAAAAUUUCAGAAA